AUGAGGACUGUGAAGGGGGAGCAGAGGGCUGAGGGAGGUCGCGAUGAAUCCGACUCCCUGACGGACUGCGUUUCAGGACCGAGGGGCCCGCUCAUGCAGGCGGCUGUGGCACGCACCAAUCCAGGAGCCGUGCAGGCGCUGGUGUCCGGGAUAGUGGCCAAUCACAACGCUGGAAUCGUCCAAGAGUCGCCAGAUUGGGGUGGUCGUCCGUUUGAGCCAAUGGCUUAG